AUGGACUACGUGUACACAAUUUUCAACAAUUUCAAAUAUUUUUACAAUUCCAUGAAUCCAGCUACAUUAUCAGGUAAGAGUCUUGAAUAUUUUUGCACUUUGUUGUUUAGGAAAGAUGAUUAUCAAAGAUAAGGGGAGUUUAUGCCAGAACUCAGCGAUUUGAAGCUAAAAUUUUGCUCUUCUUUCCUUGUAGUAGCCAUCAGAUCCAAAAUUUUGCCUAAAUUAAUGUCCAACCUCUUUGAAUGUUGGCAUUUUUGGCAGCACAGAAACUACACUCUAUAUAGAUGGUGUUAGCAUCAAUUGCCAUUUAUAUUUUUCCGAAAUUCGGACUGUGCAAAAUUAAAAUCAAGUUGUACUGGGUUCAGAUUUCUCGAAGGCUUUUGAGCUGAACCGAUUAAAAUUUGAGACAUGUACGACCCUUAUUAGUUGUUUGAAGUCGUCAUAUACCUCUGGGAAAAGUAGCUCGGUUUUGGUCCGCCUGAUUUUUCAAUAAAAAGCUGUUUUUGAAGAGGUCUGAUAUUGUACUAGGUUAGUGGAAAAUUGAUAGGAAGGAGUGAGAUUUUGACGUUUAAAAGAAGUUGUCGGAUAUUUUUGAGGAAAUCUGGAGAUGUGUUAACGAUUUUACAAGUUAUUUGACGGCUUUUUGUUAUGUUUUUUAUCCAAAAUUUGGAGAUUUUUGCAAAAUUCUUGAGUUUUUUCCGGAAAUUUAUGAAAUUUGUGUGUAUACAAGUGCAUAUAAAUCUGAGGCUUUAGUAGGAUGAAGAUUAUGGUCUUUUAGCAAGUAUACCAUCUGAAUAUCUCCAUGAAUUAUCUGUCAUUGGCCUUAAUUUUCUAAGUUUCCUAUAUUAUCCAUGCCAUUUUUUCUCCUUCAGGAGCCAUCGAUGUGAUCGUUGUGGAACAGCCGGAUGGCUCGUUGCUUUCAACACCAUUCCACGUUCGUUUUGGGAAAUUAUCAGUCUUCAACAGCGACGAGAAGUUUGUCGACAUCCAAAUCAACGGCACCGACAUUGCCAAUGUGAAAAUGAAACUCGGCGACAACGGUGUCGCCUUCUUCGUGGAGGAAGUUGAGCCCUCAGAGGAGCUGCCCGAAUACUUGGCGACCUCGCCACUGCCCGGAGACAUUGGGGACGAGGGGCAGAAAAAUGGGCAGAUUAUCAGAAAAGAACAGAAACCAGUGCCGCGAAGGACGAGGAAGCGGGCUGGAAAAGACAAAAGUGAUAGGUAUGGGGUAGAGAGAGUGAUAAAAAGAAAAAAUUUUUGAGAUUUGGACCUUAAAAUAUGAAAAAAAAAUUUAAAAAUUUCGUAUUUUACAAACUCAAAAGGUAAAAUACGAGGGUGUAGGCUAUGUCCGGCCUAGAACUUAUCAAAAUCCCCAAUAAAAACUUUAAUUUGGACCUUUUUGGAUCAAAAAUUAUCAAACAAGGAAAGUACUUCUAUCGGGUAUGGAGUUACAGGUCGAGAACAGAUAUCAAAAAAAUCGCAAAUUUUUUCUGGUUCAGAAUAUGUAAAAAUUAGCUGCCCAAUUUUGGUUUGUAAGGACGAAAAAAUCCCAACAACUUUUCUCGCAACACCACGCAAAUGCCUUUUUGACCAAGUUUUUACCAAUUCAAACGCUUUGUUUGGAGCUAGUAAACCCUGGCAUCUUGAGAGGCCUUAAAAUAUCAAAUUUGAUUAAUACUACCCCUUUUUUACAUUGGAACUACUAAUUAUGAUGUAGUAUUAAUCAAAUUUGAUAUUUUAAGGCUUGUCAAGAUGCCAGGGUUUAUUUUAGCUCAAAACAAAGCCUUUGAAUUGGUAAAAACUUGGUCAAAAAGGCAUUUGCGUGGUGUUGCGAGCAAAGUUCUGAGGAUUUUUUCGCCCUUGCAAACCAAAAUUGGACAGCUAUUUUUGCUUGUUCUGAAUCAGAAAAAAAUUGGCGAUUUUUUUGAUAUCUGUUCUCGACCUGUAACUCCAUACCCCAUAGAAGUGCUUUCCUUGUUUGAUAAUAAUUUUUGAUCCAAAAAAGGUCUAAAUUAAUGUUUUUGUUGGGGAUUUUGAUUAGUUUUAGGUCGGACAUUGCCUACGGUUUCGUAUUUUACCUCUUGAAUUUGUAAAAUACGAAAUUUUUCAGAGUGAAUUUUUCGAAUUUCCAAAAUUUUUUCGAUUUGUUAUUAAUUUUUUUUUGAAUUUUCAGCAAUGUGAAGCCAAUCCCCAAGCAGAAACAGCAGUUGUUCCCGGCCAAGGAGGACCUGAACCCCAAACAACGGCUUCCGUUUUCAUCUUCCAUCUUCUCAUGCCGAAAAUACCGGUCCCUGCCGGACCUCUCAUUCAUCGCGCAGACCCGCGAACAGCAAGGACACAGCCCAAAGAGCACACCGAAGAAGUCGGGCCACAAAAGGAAGCUGACUUUUGGCGCAAUCGACAAAAAUGUGGUGAAUAUGGACAGGUAAGUGAAAUUUUUGUUUUAUUUUGUUGAUUUUUAGGAAUUUUUGAGGGAAUUAAGAGAGGUUUUGACGUUGAGAGAUAUUAGGCAGUGUGGUUUGUCGAUUGAUAGGCGAAUUUUGUGGAAUUAAAUUUGUUUGCAUGAAGAAAAUUUAAUUUCUGGCCAAAUUUUGCUUCUUUUCGAAGAAAAAAUCAAAUUUCAAUAGGAAAAUGUAUUAUUUUGGAGGAGAUUUCGCUUUUAUUAGAUGCAAAAUUAAAUUUGGCAUACUGUAGUUUCAAUUUUCAGACCAAUUUCCCACUCAAAAUCCGUGGUCCUCCCGGUCGAACCCAAGGACCUGGCUGACCUAAAACAAGGUGAAGAUCAGCCCCAGAAACGCUCCUCCAUCGACACCUCGAGCUCCGAAGACGAGGACAGCACGAUGAAGUCGAGGAACAUCUCCGACAUUGCCGACGGCGCUCUGUCGGACUCGGAAAUCGACCGUCAAAGAUACGAAACACACAAUGAUCCCGAAUGGAAGUGGGGAGAGUACCCAGAAACGAAGGCGAAAGAGAAAAGUGGAAGACAGAAUAAUAAGGAAGAAGUGAGUGUUUGGAGUCAUUUUGAGGUUGCUGCAGGGUGUGUAAAAGGAUUGGACGAAAUGUCACAAAAAUUAUUGGGAUUUUUUUGACAUUUCGUCACGUAAAAUUCAGUUGUAAAGUUCGCUUAUGAACGCGUUCAUAGAUGAUUAAGAAUUUUUUACCUGUUUUUUGUGAGUUUUUGGCACAUUUAGACAGUUUGUGACGAAAUGUCAAAGAAAUUAUUGGAAAAUUUUUGACACUUUGUCACGUAAAAUUUUUGUUGUAAAAUACGGUGGAAGGUUUUUUUUGAAUCUGCAAAAUUUUUUGGUGGGGAAUUAGGACAUUUAAACAGGUUGUGACGAAAUGUCACAAAAAUUAUUGGGAAAUUUUUUGACAUUUCGUCACGUAAAUUUUUUUAACAUUGUAAAAUACGUCCAUAGAUGAUUUUGAUUUUUAACUUUUUUUUUUGUGGGAUACUGGCAUAUCUGACAGUUUGUGACGAAAUGUCACAAAAAUUAUCGGAUUUUCGAAUACCCUGAAAUAUGACAAUAUUUUGAGUAGAAAACUCGCGACUGUUUAUAAAAAUGUUUUUUCAGUCCAAACCCACGGGCUGGAGUUGGUUCCGCUGGCGCUCCAAAGCGCCCGAAGGCAACAAAGAGGAGGAGGAAGGUGUUCCACUGAGCGCCCUCCUCGAGUCGGGUGGCCAAAUGGAUCCAAGCAAGCUGGAGAAAUACUUUGGCACCUCAUGCGCCUCAUCGCAGGCGUCGGGCGUGGACUCGGGCCAAGGAAUCAGCACCGCCACGUCGCCGGCCAGCCCAAUGGGAAUGUCGAUGGAGAGCUUGGUGGACGAAAGCGGGUGCCCAACGGUGGCGUCGACCAGCCAGGAGGCCAAAGAGAGACAGGUAGGACUUGAAAAAGUUUGUUUUAAGGUCUGUAUGGAAAACGUGGCGUUUCGGCGAGUAUUUGUUUUUUUUGCUAGGGCGCAGCUCGCCGAUGUGUAAAAAGGUUGAAAAUCGAUUUUUUUUUGUAUCGUUGAGUUUUAGAAGCCUUGUUUGAAGUAAUGAUGAUUUUUGAACCCCAUUUUUGCAAAUCUCGAUGAUUAUGUAGGGCGCAGCUCGCCAAAAUCGAAAUUGUAAAAUAUAAAGGAAAUUGUGAUUAUUCAUGUCCGCAAAGCUUUGUUUUAAGCGUUGAUGAGAUUUAAAAGUUAUUUUUGUAAAUUACGUUGUGGUUUCUAGGGCGCAGCUCGCCGAAAUUGAGUUUUGAUUUAACUUGGCUUUUUCAGACCAUGACCUCCGGCGAGAUCAAACAGGCCCUCAGAAAGGACGAAGCCAUCGAAAAGGAGCUCCUCGCCACACCCAACACCGAGCCCGACACCCCGCAAGCCGAACACGCCCAAAAAACCCUGAGCGCCGACAUUCAGCGCGACUUCAACACAACCCAAACCAAACAGCGCAGUAUUAGCGGGACGUCGUUCGGCUCGGACACGUCCGGCGACGAAGAAGUGGCCGAAUAUUUUUACAGCACCACUCCGAAUGCGGAUGGACGGCCAGUGAGAUUCAAGAGGACUUUAAGGCUCAAAUCGGAGCAAUUGAAGGACUUCAAGCUGGAAUAUGGGUCGAAUGAGGCUAGGUUCUCGAUCACCACCAAGUUUCAGGUAAGAAUUUUGGGAUUGGAAGCGGUUUUGGGGUCGGCAGCUUGCGCCCGAGACUUUAGAAAUUGGCGGAUUAAGGCUGUAAAAGGAAGUUGUUUGGAUCAGUGAGGUUGUAGAUGGUAAUGGAAUUCAAAAUUGUGAAUUUUUAUGCGAUUUUUGGAGUUUUUAUUUUUGGCAGUUUGCGCCCGAGGAUGUGAUUUUUUUGCAAGAAGUUGGAUUAAAACGGGUGGAAAUGUCUCAAAAAGCUCAAAGAGAACCCCAUUAGCCCGAUUGUUUAAAGAAAUUGACAUUUUUUGUAUUUUUAAGGUCCGAAAUGCAUAAUAAGAAAAAAUUUUUUUUACAACGCGUAUUUUACCCAAUUUCUUACAACAAUUUUUGCAGGGCACGGCCUGGUGUUCAUGCCACGUGUAUCUACUCAGAUGGUCCGAGCGCCUGGUGAUUUCCGACAUUGACGGCACAAUCACGCGCUCGGAUGUGCUCGGCCACGUGAUCCCCGCAAUUGGCGGCACCUGGGCCCACGCCGGAGUCGCCGAACUGUACACUCGAAUCAAAAACAACGGCUACCGUAUGGUCUAUUUGUCAUCCAGAGCGAUUGGACAAUCCCAUUACACAAAAACAUACCUCCAAAGCAUCGCGCAGGGCUCGAGAAUGCUCCCGGAUGGCCCGGUAUUACUCUCACCCACCAGUGUUUUGAUGGCGUUUAGAAAGUAAGGAUUUGAAGGGUUUUUUGGGUCUCAAACGGAAAUUUGGCAUUGUGUUCAAAGUGGAGUUUUGAGGUUGAAAUUGCAAAAGGUUGUGUUUUAGACGUCUGAGAAUGUAUGUUUAAAAAAAUUGAGUGCUUGCGAGGGGUUUGGAUGAUGAUUUUAGGUCCUGAAAAGAAAUUUGGCAUUGUGUUCACGCAGGAGUUUUGACUCUGGAAAUGAUAAUAUGGGUUUCUUAUAAGGCCAGUAACACUCAGAAAAACGUUUUGAGCUUUUUAAUCAGCUUUUGGACACAAUCUUGGGUCCCGCAACGAAAUUUUGACAUUUUGUUUUUCGGUCUAAUUUAGUUGAGGGUUUAAUUUCUGGUGGCUUGAAGAAAUAUUUGGUGCAUAUUUUGGCUAUUUUCAGAUACAUAUUGGAACUAGAAGCCGUGGAGAAAAAUUUUAAAAUUUUGGCAUUCCGUUUCAACCUCUAAUUUUGCCCGUUCCGUUUCAGAGAAGUCAUCGAACGGAAGCCGGAGGAGUUCAAAAUCGCUUGCCUGACCGAUUUGAAGAACUUGUUCCCGGUGAAACAGCCAUUCUUCGCGGGAUUCGGGAACCGCGAAACGGAUGUCAAGUCGUAUGUGGCGGCCGGAAUCCCACUGGAAAGAAUCCUCAUCAUCAACCCGGAGGGGAGUCUAAAACGAGCCGACAAAAUUGGGUUCGUCACCUCCUACUCGUCGAUGGCCAUCGACACGGUGGACUACUUGUUCCCGCCGCUGAUGAAGGCCGAGUUCGUGCAGGCCGAAGCGGAAUCGGAGGAGGAAAGGGCGUGGUCGUUGCUCCAUACCAACUUUACGAAGCCGGAAAAGUACAGGUAAGCAUUCAGGAGAGAAUUUGAGGGAGAUUUGGAGAGUUUGGAGGGGUUUGAGGUUUUCGUGGUGGGACCUGGAUAAGUGGGGAAUGGAACUGUAGAUUUGAGUAGCAAAUUAGUCCAAAGGGUUUGAUUUGACAUCAGAAAGGCUUUCGAUGAAAUUCGAAAGAAUUUGGAGUGGGUAUGGGAGGGUUUGAGGUUUUCGUGGUGGGACCUAGAUAAGUGGGGAAUGGAAUUGUAAAUUUGAGUGGUUGAAGCGGAGAAAAUAAGCCCAAAAAGUUUGGUUUGACAUCAGAAAGGCUUUAGAAGAAAUUUGACAGAAUUUAGAGGCGAUUUGAGCGGGUUUCAGGUUUUCGUGGCAGGACCCAAAAUUGAUUUUUUAAUUUGAAAAUGUUUGGUUAGGAAAUAAAAAUAAUAGAUGGCGCGUAUUUUACAAGAAUAUCACUAUUUUUUUGAAAAUUUUUAUUUUUCAUGUUUUCGUGGUGGGACCCAAAAUUUUUCGGAAUUCUCUCGGAAUUGAAAUACGUGAAAAAUUUUAGACUUCGUAUUUUACAACCAAUCGUAUUUGCCCGUUUUCAGCACCUUCACGCAUUGGAGAGCGCGUCCCGACGACCACAUCAGUGAAGGGGACCUGGAAACCUACGAACAACGGCGAAAAGAAAGCCAGGUUUCGGAAUCGGAACGAAAAAAGUCCAAAUCCAAGAAAUAG